GUUCAGUGGCAGAGGGCCAGGGAUGGUCAAGGCUUCAGCUGCUGUGCUGUGACCUCCUUCAGUUCAUUCUGAGUGGCAAAGAAUGCAACAGGAAGCAAAGAACCACUAAUGUGGUAUCAGAAUGGGAUGUUGUUGCACUUUAUGUCUGGUAAAUACCAAAGAGGGAAAGUUUCCAUCCAUGUACCCAGGUCUGAGACAUUCAGUUCCUUUUAGUCAUGGACACAGGUUAUGAGGGCUGUUAGGCGAAGAGCACUAGGGAAUCCUGGACUUCCUUGCAUCACAUCAGGGACUGCUAGGAAUGCAUCAUCCACACCCUUCUUCCUCACUGAGCAAGAGCAGCAGCUGAACCAGGUGGAAAAACUGAAACUUCAGCUACAGAUGAUGACCAAUGACAGGAAUGAACUGUGUGAAUUCCUGGCCCAUUACAACAAUGAGUUGAACAACAGGCUGAAUUCGGAGAAUGAGAUGCAGAACACAGAGCAUAAGAAGGAUAUGUCAGAUGUGAAGAAAUUACCCAAGGAAAUUAGUGAGGCCUUGUACAAGUGCACAGAGCUGAGUGAGAAGACCAAAAUCUACCACACCCUCUACAGUCAGCACCUGAGUGAACAGACUCAGCUGAAGGAAAAAGUGAGAAUCUUGCUAGAGGACAAGAAAAAGCUGCAGGGGGAGCAGAUUUUGCUACAAGAGUCCUGUGAGGAGGCAAAGAGGCUCUGUGAGGAGGCCCAUGAGAAGAUCUAUGACCUCUGGACAAGGCAGCUACAGGAACAUCAAAGACUUGAGGAAAAUCUUCAGUCCCUGCUGAAGCAGAAGGUGCUGUUCACCCGGCAAAGGGACUUGGCAGUAAAGCUGCAGCAUCACUUCACUGUGUCCCAGAUGAGCACCUCUUCAGAAAACUGAGAAGGCUGGAAGAAGCCAGAGACACCUUGAAGGCACAAUAUUCUACACUCCAGGUUCACGGCCUCCUCAGAAAAUGUCACCUCUUUUCAGCUGUGAACUCACUAGUGAGACAAAUAUCAACCUACCAUCAGGCAGUCCAGCCACAGUCUAAUCCACAUCCAUUGGCUCAAUAUUCCCAGAGAAAAGGUUGUAUCACAAAUAGUCUGAGAUUCAGAGGACACAACACAAAUUACUAAGAACCCUGACUACUAUCAGCAUGUGGCCCCAGUGAGGGGCAAAACAAAAUGAAGAGGACAUGUGGGUGAGCAAGAGUUCUUCUGUCAGCUUCCUAUCAAGGGCUUUGACAAGCUGGCUCUAUAGGUGAUGGGAAAAUCUGACAAGGAAGCCUGUGUUAACAUCACACUGCCAUCCACACAGACCACACCCAAAAGCAUAAGAUUCUCUCCAGUGCAGUGCUGAAGCUGACUUGUGCAAGCUGACUUGAAGCCAUGUCAUGUGCAAGUUUUGCUGAGGAUAAUUCACUGCAGAGAAUAAGACAGUUCCUCACCUCAUUUGCUCUCCCAUAAUGAAAUUCCAAGUGAUCCUGAAAUUUGCUUAUUUUUUUUGUUUAUAUGUUGGGAUAUUUAUGCUUUGGAUUUUGGUGUUCUUCGUUUUGGUUUAAGGUUUUGUUAAUUUUUGUUAUUUCUUAUAUUCUUGUCAUUGUUUUAAUAGUUUGCUAAGGCUAUACAUUAUAUAUAAAGACUGCUGUUUUGAAAGCCCCCAUUGAGUAAAAUGAAUGUAUUUUUAUGAAUAAAAUGCAAUUUCAAACUUCACUCUUGUACUCUUCUUUAGGCAGGUGAGGUUUCACACUCCUGUAACCCCUGAACUCACAGGCUUUGAUGUAUCUCAGUA